AUGACAAAACGUAAGGAUUACAAACGAUCUCGUCGAAAACAACCUCUGUCUCAAUCUCAAGAAAAUUUACUGCAAAACUCGGACCUUUCUGAUAGUUUGGAUACUCCGGUAAAAAAGAAACCAAAAUCCAGUGAGAGACUUUUGCAUCAGAGAUCUCCAGAAUCUGUUCUUUUCGAGUCACAAGUACCAGAUUUACCAUGCUUCGUCGAAUUGAGCCCAGAAAUCGUGCCCAGACUUCGUCGAAGGCAAUUGGACCUGAACGAAUCGAACAAAAAUAAAGAAGAUGAAAGAAUACCGGAAAAGGAGCCGGAAGUGGUUGAAUUAAAGCAAGUAGACUUUCCUAAUCAAAAUGUCAAUAUAGAAACGGAAAAAUGUUUUCAGUUGGACAAAACUCUGUCCAUGAACGACGAGAUAAGAUUAGACAUGAAUGGCUGUCAGUCCUUGCAGGAAGGAAAAUCUUUUUCAAAAAAUAAACUGGACUCUGACAUCUUUAACAAUGACAUACGCUCUUCGAAAUCGUCGUACGAUUUUCCUUGCGGAUACGUUUCAGAACCAGCUCAAUUUGCUAAUUUUAAGACAGAACUGGAGAACCAAAAUGGCUUCCACCAAUUUCUCGACGAAUUUCGAUCGGCCAUUUCUGCCUGCGAUUUUACCAGCCGAUUUGAAGAAAAAGACGAGAAAUAUUACGAGAAAUGGAACGAACAGGAACAGCAAACCAAAUUCGAGAUAGUCAACGAGAAAAAUCCUGACGAUUCGAACGGAAGUCGCAGCAUGAGCAACUGGAGCGAAUGCAGACGAAUCCUCUCGAACUUGAGACAGAUAAAUAACUGGAAAAUUCGCACUUCUAACUUAGAAUGUAUCGGAAACUUUUUGCAGAAGUACAAAAAAUUUGACGAGACAAGAUCGUUGCACACGAGCUUCUUGUUGUACAAUACUCCUCCGUCGAUGAUUUCGGAGGAAAACUCCAAUGGACGUACCAACAAACGACCUUUCGAAGAGACCGAGAAAACCGACGAUAAAGUUGACGAUCGAAAUAAUUAUGGAGAGAUGAAUAGUAAUGUUACAGGAAUCAGAGCUCGUUCGACGACUCCUUGCAGAGGAUCACCACCUCCCGCUAAGAGAUGUCGAACCACCUUGAAAUUCGACGACGAAGAGGAAGCAGAAAUGCAACGAGAACCUGCAGCUUCGGUGACUGUAGCCGAUCUGCUACCAGUCGAAAAGAAAAACGUUCAGAAUUGCUUCUACCCCAACUUGACGAUCACAAAAAUACCUUGGAGUAGCGGCAGCACUGAAUCACCGACGAACUCCAGCUUGGAUCUUCCGGUUGUGUCUGACUCUGGAGGCUACGGCAAAUGUCUUCAAGAAUGCUCUUGUACGAGUUUCCAGAAGAAUCAGAAAUUUCUAAGAAAACAAUUUUUUAAGAAGCCUGCUGCUAAGAUCUAUUUGUUUUGCGUUUGGCUGAUGAAGAGAAUGGCGAGAAUCAUUGGAAAGAGUUACGAAGGUUUGAAACGAGCGGCUUCAACGUUCUCUUCAACGAGGCAGCAAAUGGAGGAGCUCAGCCAGGUGGUGAUACUGCUACGCACGGAGAACAAGCAAAUGUUGAACACGUUUGUGGAGCAAGUCACGCGUCUGUCCGACGAACUCACUCAGGUGAAGUAUCGUAAUCUUUCAUUAGCAAUUCUCGAACAUUACUCGUCGAUCACGGAAUUAUACUCAGUCUCAUUAGCAUUCUUUUUUCCUGUUUUUGUCUCUUUAUCGCAGGUGAGAGCUAGCAACGCUCCUCUGAUGCAGGAGCUGCAGAAGCUGCAUCAAACACUGGAGGAUAGUCGAUCGAAAUCCCCGAAGAAUGCACCGAUUCCACCACCUCCAAUGCCAUCGAUCUUCAUGUCCUCCAGGCCGCCUGCCCUUCCUCCACCUCCACCUCCACCACCGACACCUUCUCCUCCUCUACCUCCUCCUCCUUCUCUUCCACCUCCACCUCCUCCGCCGCCGCCACCUCCAUUUCCGUCGUUGCAGUCGCCAGCGCAGCCGAUUACGCCGACCACCCCGAAAAGCAGAAGCGUCAGGAUGCCCUCGAGAAAGUGCUCGACACCGCUGCCUAGUAGGCCGGUUAUCACUGUCGAGGAUUUGCUGAAGGUGACUCUGAAAAAAGCACCGCAAAACGUUAAGGAGAACAGAAGGAACACCAUACCGGGGCCAAGGGGCCCCGUGGUCUCCCUGGACAUGCUGCGCAGCGUGAAACUGAAGUCUGUCAGGCGCAGAAACGACAAAAUGACGCGAUCACCAAGGAGUGCUCGCAUGAUUAAAUCACGCACCGCACCGAGCCUUAGCCUCUCGCCGAUUAUAACGAGCACGGAGAACUCGCUGGGACGAAUCCUGAAACAGGUGGAUCUUCACAGACGCGCACCCCGUCGCCUCUUGUCCUCGAGCACGUCGAAUUUUCGCGAGAACGCUAUCGCGAGGGACAGUCAGCUGCAAAACGCGGACACGAAAGAUAGGAGCUCGCAAUCUGCGAUUGCGUGA